CGGACGAAGGCUUCACGGACGAAAUGAUUAGUGACAUGGAGUUGAAGAUUUUGCUGGCAUUCAAGGGUGAUAUAUCGCGUCCGGUGCCGAGCCAAUUUUUGCAGCGCUUGUGUAAUGCCACGGAGGACUUUGGUAUGAAAUGCCAACAACUGGCGCAUUACUAUGUGCAACUGGCGUUGAUGGACACCGAAUUGGCCAGCGUCAAGCCAUCGCAGAUAGCCGCUGCUGCGCUCUUCAUCGCGCUCAACCUGUCCGACGGCACCCCCGACGGUGGCCUCGACGAAAGUCUCUGGACACGCCAGCUCGCCGAUUGCUCCCGUUACACGUCUCUCCAACUGAGAGCCACCGUCCUGCGCAUGGCUCAGCUGCCGCUCAAGGCCGAACAGGAGGAGCUGUUGUCCAUCCGCAAGAAAUUCAAGUAUAAUUCUGUUUCGGUCGGACCCCGUCUGGAAUCGAUCCUGAACAUUCGUGAGAAUAAUAAUCCACACACUCCAUGAUGCUGCCAAGGAUGAACAACAAAAACCACAUUCUAGUCAAAUGCACCAAAGGGAAGAACGGAACACACACACACAUUCAUGCAUACACCACAGAUAUACACUGACACCGGAACACACAGACAACAGAUAAGCACUGAUAUCGAAUUAUCGCGCUCUGAUCAUCGUUAAUUGUACAAUUUUUACACCUACCUACUAACAUUUACACAAAUAACAUGACAUCUAUCUACACAAAUGUA